GAAAUUCUCAAUCCCACCAGUCGAGUUUAGGUCUACCUGCGCUCUGGUGACUAUUUUUCUUGGGUUACUUUUGAUUUAGUAAAACAAAGGCAUAACAUCGUAAAAUGGUAUUUUUGGAAGCUAUUAUGUGAUUUUUGUGAUAGUUGGUCCUAAUGUCGUACAACAAAGGUGCAAAAAUGAGCAAAAUUAUAAAAAUGGAUCCUGGGAUUGUAUGCUUUCAACAUUGCGGACCUAAAAUAUUUUGUUUCUCAUUGCCGGAUAGUUGCCCAGUUUGCGAGCAGGAUUUGCGGCAGGCGGAUUUUUCUUUGUUACCUUUUAGAGUGCCUUAUCCUUUUAUAAGAGCGUCUCAACAUCCGUGUUCGGUGGUGAUCAAGCCAACCACAGGUGAUUUUUUAAAUGACUACUAUAACUCUAUGGACUUACAUAUCGGUGUGACAACAUCCACCGGAACUAUAGUAGAAUUUGAUAAACAUGGUCUCCGGAAACACCGAUCGAAUCACUGGAACCAAUGUUUACUAUUGGAUCAAGUUCCUCAUCCCUGGAGAGAACACUGGGACACCACCUUGUGGCAAGUAUGUAAACAAAAAUGCUGGUCGUCAAAAAACUACAGCGAAGACAACCACAAUUGCUACAGUUUCGUCCUCACUUUUCUCGUGACAUUGGGUUACGGACAGUUAAGCGAAGCUGCCAGAAAUCGAACAGUUUUCUGUGAAAAAUUUAUUGUUCCUAGAACCACCGCUGCUGGAAAAUAUAUUUCUUUGUAUAGAAAAUUAAAAGAGUUUAGGUUUUAUGUGCAUAGAAGUAAGUAAUGGGCUGUAUAGAAGACGUGAAAACCAAAGUUAGAAUUGUAGAUUUUUUUAUAUUAUUUAUUAGAACAUUGUUGUAGUUGCACCAGAAGAAAAAUUAAAUUAUGGUACAAUAAAAACAAUAUUGUUACUA